CGAAAUGCGCAUCUGGUGCAUCAAAUUACAAUUGGUACCGCAUAAGUUUUACAUGAACACAGUUAUCAAACCAUUAUACCUCCAAGGAACCUUCCUAUUUGACAGAGACAGCACUUAAGAUGCUGAGUGCUGUAGUUGCUGAAAAUACUCAUGCAUUUUACAAGACUGUAUCAUAACUAAUUUCUCAAACUUUUUCACUGUGUACAUGCUGAUCCCUCAUCAGUGAUGUCUAUAUCUUUUUUGCGGCAUGGUUUCACACUUAAAAAGUCAUAUAAUGCAAUAGACAUAUUUAGCAGAAAUUUCUUAUGAUCACCGAAGUAGAAAACUCGGAUUCUACUCAUAUUUUCAUCAUCAAAAACUACUAAUAGUGGCCUGAUCCAGACAUCUGAUUGCCAAUGCCACUAACCCUACAAAGUAUACUGGUCAAAGCAUGGAGAUUUACAGUCAACUCCUCCUGUCAGGACUCCAUUUCAAAUCACUUUGGGAAUUACACAGUCCAUUGCAAUAAAUUGAUUGGUGAGACUCUUGAUGACAUUCUAUGUGAAAAAUGUAGUGUACAUGAUAUUCCAAUCAUCAGUGUCACAAGAAGGAGGACAUUAUGGGUGACUGCUGACAACCGCCGACUUUGGAUAUUCAAAAAACUGCAAACAUUAGGAAAAUGUGAAAAAAUUACAGUCAAAGUUACGUUUUCUAUAAACCCGAAAAAGUGUUGUGUUCAACCAAAUAUCAGAGUAAGAGGCCACGAAGGGGGGCAUCUGUGGAGGUCUUGGCCAUUUGGUGGAAGUACUGAAGCUAAAACAAAUGACCAGAAUAAAGACACCAGUAGGUGUAUACGAACAAUUCAAAGAGAAGUCCUUUCAUACGGUGAUCAUGAUGUGCCAGAGGUUCAAACUUCCGCAACAACUUCUGUUGAAAGUAAUUACCGCGGCUAUAGUGCUUCCAAAGGAACCACAGGGUUUAAAAAUGCGAAAUCAUUUCAAGAUUGGGAACAAGCAACAGAAUCUAGACACAGAGACAUAUCCUCUGGCGGUUACCGUAGCAGAAAUGAAAGAUGUGCAACAUCUAUAUCAUCUAAAAACUUGCAUCCAGAGACAGAACCCCAUUACGCAGGGAAAUCCAGCAUUGCAAGUAAUGCAAGUGUUAGUGCUUGUUCCAGAAGAACCAAGGGAGAUUUAUUCACACGAACAUUGAAUAAUACCGAAAUGAAUAUCAGUUCGGCAAGUAGAAAUCCAGCUAUUGGACCAACAAGACCUACAUAUCUUGACAGAAGCAUUCAGUCUAAAAUUACUUCGACAGUAUCUAGAACACGUCUCAGAACAAAUGAUGAUUCCAAAUUACGCGAAUCUGAAACUGCAAGAUCAACACAAUCUGCUUCAGCACGAACAACACUACCCGGCCAAAGUCUUGCAAGCUAUAAAACAAGUAUUCAUCUGACACCAUUGGAUGUUAGUUUCGUUACUAAGAGUACGGUGCACCCAUCAUUUGACGGGGAAUUGCUCGGAAAACUACUAGAUGAAUACUGUGAACAUUUUGGCAAGAUAUCAAUUAAUGGGUUUAAGUGUUCAUUGAAUGUAUUUAAAUACCAGGGACGAUAUUGUUCAGAGGAAAUAUCGAUAUUGUGGCUGUUGCAAACCAUUGAAAGAUAUACAAAUAAUGUAAUUAUUUCCGGUUCAGUAAUAUCGAUACCUGUAACAAUGCCCCUCUAUCGACAACACGAUUCUUUGAGGUCUGUAGUAAGAAUGCCCCUCUAUCGACAACACGAUUCUUUGAGGUCUGUAGUAAAAUUAAGUGGAGAAAAAUGGAGAAGUCUGGACUUUUUGAAAAACUUGCCAACAAAGGGGAAACAGAAUUUGUCUCUUUCUGAUAUAUUUUACACAACAAAUGCCAUCAAGGCCACUUUGAAUGGGAGGUCCAACAUCAAGGCACUCGUUGAAAUUUGCACAGGCGGAAUUCGGGACCAUGAACUCAGUGUUAUGGAAUUUGAAAACAAAUACUAUUCUUUGGAAAACGAGAAGCUUUGGAUUUUAAAACGUGCUCAGACAGUUUUAGGGAACUUGAAUAUCACGGGGAAUUUAAAAAUAUCUAUGGAUUUUAUACUGUUUCAUAGUUUCACCAGGAAAGAUAUCAGAAUCGUAGAUAUCACUUGACUCGUGAUAUACAUACAGACGAAGAAAGAUUUAUGCUUGCAUAUAUUCAUAGGCUAGAUAAGGAGUUACUGUAGACAGUUGAGAUGUCGCUGUAAUCUGCAAAAGAUGCAACUCACAUAUACAACGGAUAAAUGAAAAAAGAAGAUAACGAACAGUGAUCAAUCUCAUAACUUCUAUAAAGAAUACAAAAUUAAACGUUGCGCAAACAAGGAUCCCUGGACAUAAUGGAGGUGGUAUCAGCUAUGACGGUAUUCAGCAAGACUAAAAUAGAAUAUUUAGUGAGCAAGGUAACAACAUGGUCAUAUAUCAAAUGCUAUUGUGAUAGACAUUUAUCUUUUAAGUGAUUACGAAAUUCAAUAUCAAACGAGAUUGUGAAAUACGGUCGGGAUAGUUAUAGUUUGAUAUACAUAAUCCAGGUAAUGUAUUGAGAUAGCUAUUUUUUAAAUCAAAUCUUACGUAUACUUGACUAUGCAAAAUCAUGGACAAUUUGUCAAAUAUUAUGUAUUGCAUAAACUCACGUUUUGAAACACAUUAUUAUCCCUUUGUCCAACCCUGUAAACUAAUCAUAUUUGUUUAUUUGUAUAUUAUUUUACGUACAAUUCGGGAAUGGUGUAAAAAAAGUCACAAGUUUUAUGUGAAGCACCUCAAAUUCUGAUCUUACGUAACAGGGAAAGCUCUUUAACUUACUAACACCUACCGUCUCAUGAGACCUCCAUAUUAAAUGUCUAAUCCGAAUGAACCGUGACUCUCACUUUUGAUGACGAGCACUAGGGAAAGGUAAAGUUGCUAUCUAUUAUUUAAGUUUGACGUGGUACCAUAAUCCAGAAUCAAAGUAGCUGUUGUAAAGUGACCCCCCCCCCCCCCAUUACUAGGGCACAUAAUCAUUAUGCUGUACAUAUGCAAAUUUUUGUUUUUAUUUAAGUUGUAUUUUACUUUCAUCUUAUUCUAUUUUUCAACAGAACACGCUUAUUGUCAAGUAUUUUGAUUGGUUAUAAAGGCAAUUUGUUAUAUCCAAUAAAUUUGUAAUAUGUCUUAAAAGUACAGGGAAUGACAAUUACUUCACUCUCAGUGUGAAUUGUAUUAUAUUUACAUAUCAAUUACUUCUCUUCACUGUGAAAUUUACAUUGUUUACCCAUCUUAUGUCAAAUCCAAAAAUUUGUUUGACACUACUAUUUUUCCGAAAAUUUUGACAAUAUAUAUGACCAACGGCACGAACAAUUUUGAAUUCAAUAUUGUUUAUGCCAUUGGUCAUUUUAGUGCUUGGAUGUUAAAUAUUGCUGGUUCUUAGUGCAUUCUACAGUGUACAGGAGUAUAUAUAUUCUGUUGAAAUAUUUUAUCCCUCAUAGAUUUAUAUCUGCUUCAUAUUGGAUAACUUAUUGUACAUACAGAUGCAGAUGAUAAACCAGCUUUUGAAAAAGGGAUGACUUCAUUUACGUCAACUUUCCAUAUUUCUGUACCAAUAUUCCAGUAUCAUCUGCAUAUGGUAUUUAUGAUUCGAUGCGCAAGAGGGUGUUCUGCGUAUGAUCAAUUUUAAAUCGAGUCAAAUAAGUUUAAAUUACAGAAGUUUCAACAGUCUCGUUUGAAGUCAGCAUUUCGCAAAUUCUUUUGUCGUUAUAAUGAUUUUAUUUGCUAAUACAACUUGUCAUAGUGUUUCAUUCCAAUUGUUAGGCCAUUCCUUACACACUGACUUUCACUACGGAUUACUCUGUUCACCUGUUAUAGAUAUCAUAAAAGAAUGUUCAAUGUUAUCGCUAAUGUAUGUGCAUGACAUACAGGAGAAAUAUCCUUGGGUUGAAAAUAGAUAAGUAAAUCUAUGCAUUAGCUAUAUGUGUGUGAGUGCGAACACAAGGUCGAUGAUGGGUCACCGUUAUAAAUAUUUUCUGCGUUGGUCAGCUUUUCAAUAAAUGGUCAGCACGGUUAGUAUCGAAUGAAAUCAUUUUGACCUAAGGUUAACUGUUUAUAUAAAUUAUGUACAAUAGGCGGUGCGUGUUUUGCAGUGGCAAUAUAUAUAUAUGGGCACGGGCAGUUGAUAGCCAAUGCCAGACCAGGUCAAGGGAUUAAUUGUUGGAAUACAUCAGUAAUCUAAAAAUAUACAAUGUAUUUACAUAUGUAUAUGCAAGAUCUGUAAGAUAAAUUUGAAUGUGCAAAAUGAAUAAAUUAAUUCAUUUUCAAAUUAAAGAUUUAUGCGAACGGUGCAUAUUUCUGAGACGUUACAAAUAAGGAAUUUUGAAAACAGAUCAGCGAUGCGAUUGUGUAUAUAGAACCCGCUUCUGUGGAAAGUUAGUCAGUGGUAUUUCUACCUGGCUAACUCACAAUUCGCAUUGAUCUUAUAUUUCAUUUACAUGUGGCUAAGUUGUGCGCAUUCAGGGUUAUCAUUUUGAGCAUAAUAAGUGUUGUAAAGAAGUUUAUUAUAUUUUAUUGUGAAUUGUAUUUUAUUUAUUGUAUUACGAAAUAAUUCACAAUGGAAUGUUUAAUGAAUAAAGGAGUGGUAUUUGUACCUGGUUAACUAACAA